AUGCGGAAUUUUCCAACUCCUAAAAAGAAGUCAGCUACACCUCUCCGAGUGUCGGCCGUUAUUAGCGAGCAAGAGUCAAGGAGCAUUUUCGAUUUCAACGCUUAUGUUGCCGAGAAGGCUAGCCUGGUGAACAAGGCGCUAGAUGAGGCUGUUCUGGUGGGGAGGCCGCCUGCGAAGGCCAUCCACGAGGCUAUGCGGUACUCACUGCUGGCCGGAGGAAAGAGAAUUCGGCCAAUGUUGUGCAUCGCCGCCUGUGAGGCGGUGGGGGGCAGCCAGGCGGCAGCCGUACGGGCGGCCUGCGCGGUGGAGAUGAUCCACACGAUGUCCCUCAUACACGACGACCUGCCGUGCAUGGAUAACGACGACCUCCGCCGGGGAAAGCCCACCAAUCACAAGGCGUUUGGUGAGGACGUGGCGGUACUAGCAGGUAGCCCAUAG